GUCGUGCACUCGCUCUUGCUCCUGCUGCUCUUCUUGCCCUGUUGCCCCCAGGGCGGCGCCUCGGCGGCGCUCCCGCCUUUUCCCACCGAGGACGGGUGAGGGUACCAUUGUCAACAAUAGAUUUCUAGAGGUUCUUUUAAAGGACUGCUUCAACUUCAGUUCAAAGAAUGAGAAUGCCUUGUUUCUCUGUUCAGCUUGGAGAUCAAAUUAUGACAUCAUCAUCCAAAGGAAUUUUCCGGCCAUUUCUAUUUCUCUUCAUUGUGCUUGGCUGUUUCAUGGCCUGCCUGCUCAUCUACAUCAAACCCACAAGCGGAUGGAUCUCUAGUCCUAUUGAAUCAGCCAGCUCAGUUCUAAAGAUGAAGAAUUUCUUCUCAACCAAAAGUGAUUACAUUAAUGAAACAACAAUUCUGAUAUGGGUUUGGCCAUUUGGACAGACAUUUGAUCUGAAAUUCUGUCCCACUUUUAAUAUUCAUGGAUGCCAUCUGACAACGGAUCGCACACUAUAUAACCGGUCUCAUGCAGUUCUCAUUCACCAUAGAGACAUUAGCUGGGAUCUGACUAAUUUACCUCAGCAGCCUAGACCUCCAUUUCAGAAAUGGAUCUGGAUGAACCUGGAAUCUCCAACUCAUACUCCACAAAAGAGCGGGAUUGAACAUUUGUUCAAUUUGACCCUCACCUAUCGUCGGGAUUCAGAUAUUCAGGUGCCUUAUGGCUUCAUGACAGUCAGCACAAAUUACUUUGAGUACGAAAUCCCGAAUAAAGAAAAACUUGUAUGUUGGGUAGUGAGUAACUGGAAUCCUGAGCAUGCUAGAGUUAAGUAUUAUAAUGAAUUAAGUAAAUAUAUUGAAAUUCAUACCUAUGGACAAGCAUUUGGAGAUUAUAUCAGUGAUAAAAAUUUGAUCCCCACUAUUUCCACUUGCAAGUUUUAUCUUUCCUUUGAAAAUUCUAUCCAUAAAGACUACAUUACAGAGAAACUCUACAAUGCUCUUUUUGCUGGAUCUGUGCCAGUGGUUCUAGGUCCUCCCAGAGAAAACUAUGAGAAUUACAUCCCAGCUAACUCUUUCAUACAUGUGGAGGAUUUCCUGUCUCCAAAGGACCUUUCAGAGUACCUUCUGAUGCUUGAUAAAAACACUAAACUGUAUAUUAGCUAUUUCAACUGGAGGAAGGAUUUUUCAGUGCGCCUUUCUCGAUUCUGGGAAUCACAUGCAUGUCUCGCUUGUGACCAUAUAAAAAGACACCAAGAAUACAAGUCUGUUGGUAAUUUAGAGAAAUGGUUUUGGAACUAAACCUUUAUCCAUUUUUCCUGCACUUUAUAUUAAGGGGAAGGAAAGCUGUCAAAAUCGCCAUCCCAAGAUGAGGAGAGGGAAGGGAGAAGUCCAGAAUAAAGCAUUACUGUUUGUCAUCUGGCCUUCUCAAUGUGGAUCAAUAAUUCACUUAAAGCCUUGAAACCUUAACCACUCUCCUUCCUUUCCAGAUAAAGAUGUCUUUCAAAAAAAAUAAUAGUGGGGGAUUGGUCACUUUCUGUUCCAUUUAUUUGUUGAAGAAGUGACCACCAUCUUUCAGACUCUUCUUGUAUUUUAUUGACCCAAGAUUUUGAAAAGGAAUUAGGAAUAAUAAUCCAACAUUGGAUUUCCCUUCUUUAAACAAUCCAAACUGUGGUGACAUACUGUUACAUUCUAAUCAUACAUUUACUGUCCCAUCUGGGAAACCAAAAAGUAGCAACUUUUGCAGGAUGUACUUAUGGGAGAUAUGUGAAAUAACUUGGGUGCUUUUAAAGACCAUGAUAUGGCUGCACAAAUUAUUCCAUCCUGAAACUCUGCCACGACAUUGUUUUAUACUUUGUUGGAAAUGCUGCUGUGUUUGACAGUGUUCACUGAGGAGUAUGCUCUUAUGUACUAUUUCUUGUUUCAUCAUUUUUGCAAUGCUGCAUCACAGUUACAUAAGGCAAUCAUUUUUAUAUUGAUUAAAGCAGGGGGGUUUUCUUGGAGGGCAGCAAAAGAAAUUGGGGAGGGGGAUACGAAGCUAAUCAACAUAAAACAACAGGGACCAAACUAUUUAUUAUGGUUUAACAAAUAUAAUUUAUGAAAUAGAAUGAUGAUACAUCCGAAUAACCAAAACAAUGUUUGAUUCUGGUUUAUAAACCAACUUUCUAAAUUGUUUAUGAAUGGUUCUGUCUUAUAAAUUGCCUUUGGUUGCAAAACAUCAUUGCUUACUUCAUGGGAAGCAAACUCACUCACAGUGAUGGACCCUGACUUCCAAAUGCCAGGCAGCACAUGGUGAUCAAAACUUUUUUUUUUUUUAAUGUAAGUGUACUGCCAUGCCUUGGAUAUUAGAAAGGAAUGAGACUUUGAUCAUUGAAUCAUGUCUUUCAUUUUGAAGCCAGUGACUCCUAUGGUUGUUCCAAUGAGAAGACUUGCAUUUAGUUUCACAUGUCUGGUUAAUCCUUCAUACAGUUCAAUUAUUAAAAAAACAUUAUUAAAAAAUAGAUUUUUGUGUGUGAAAAAGUCACCAAAAAUGGGAAAAUUAAACUUGCACUGUAAUUCUAGAUAAAAAAAUUAUCAGUCUGGAUCAGAAGAAGCAAGCUAACCACUCAUUAGUCUAACCUAUAAAUGCAUAAGUCCUUACAAGAUGAGAAGCUUCUUUCGCUUUUGUACUGGUUUCGAAAAAAAGGAAAAAAAGCCAGCUUAAGACAACAAAUUAAGACAACUGUAUUUUUCAGA